UGGAAGCAGGAAAAAUUUUUGUGUUCUGGUAAUUAACCUCUUGUUAGUGUGUUAAUAUAAAGGAAGGUUAUUGCUUAUAUAUAAUUUUGUCGUUAGUUAUCCUUGUACUUUUAAAUAAGGAUGGCAAAGAGAACACCGUAAACAAGAUGUUGAAGAGAAUGAAAAAGAUGAGGCUGAUAUAGAUGAUGAAAUUGCAGAGAUUUUUGUCCAGGAUUCACUCGAAUCUAAAACCUUGAAAUUGAAGGUACAUUCGACAAUUCACAAAAGAUGGAAAUAUUGGAAAUAUUGUGUACACUUAUUGAAGAAAAGGAAAGUGUCGAUAAAGUUCUCUUAUUAGAACGCCUACAUGAUGCAGGAAAACUCAUCGCCGACAUGAUGCACAGUCAGACUAAGUCCAGGAUUGCCCUUGUUCUAGCCGGGGUCGAUAAAGAAACAAGAACUGUGCUUGAAGACACAAAGUCAGUGGAAUCUUUAUUUGGUAAAAACCUAGCAGAAAAAAUUAAAGAAGCAAUAAGUAUGGAUAAAGUAGGUUCUUUAAGAAAAAUUUCUGGGCAAAAAUUUCAUAUACCACCAUCUCAAAGACAGGCUUUAAACUCAAGCAGUCUGCUGGGAAAAAGGCUGUUUCCCAAUUCAUCAGGCUACUUUCAAGGCCACCCGUCGACUCAGGCAAGAUCGCAACUGUACUUAAAAAACAGGCCACAAAAUCAGCCAUUCAACCAAAAAGCACAGUUCCAGGGGUACAAACCGAGGAUACAGGAGAAAUUCAAAUAAGUAUCUGAUAUAUGAAGCUUCAUUAUGGAUAAAAUACUUAAAGAUGAUCGUUUUACUCACAUUUUCAAUGAUCCAAAAUUCAGAAGAAUUCCAAAGAAUGAACGAAAAGUGAAGAUUGACAAACGAUUUCAAUCUAUGUUUAAAGAUAAAAAAUUUUCUGUAAAUUCUACCAUAGACAAAAGGGGAAAACCUAGUGUCCAAUCUUCCGGAGAAAAUCUUCGAAAGUAUUAUAAUAUAUCUGACAGUGAAGAUGAUGAAUCGCUUAAUACUGGUUCUGGAAUUGUUAGAAAAACAUUAAAGAAAAUAAUUAAGGAAAAAGGAUGUCAGGUAAAUAAUGCAUUUAAUAAAGGCAAAAAUUUACUUGUUAAAGUCGGUGAUAAAGAGAAAGAAAGCGCCAGUGAAGGCGCACAGGAAUCGUUAUUAGUUAAUAAGAAAGAGAAUAAAACCCAAUUGUGUACUGGAAGAAAAAACGAAAAUACCAAAAUAUCUCAUGAUAUUAAAAAGAAGUUAAGAGAUUUGUCAGUGGAUUAUGCUCGAGGGGAAGGUCUGCUUGUUUCAGACAGUUCUUCUGAUGAAGAAAGUUUAUACAACAGUGACAGUGGCGAGGACAUUAAUCACAAUUGGGGUGAAUUUGACAAGGAAGCGGCAGAUACUAAUAUAAGCACUUAUCGAUUGGCAGCGUGUAAUAUGGACUGGGAUAAUAUUCGAGCUGUUGAUAUUAUGACGUCUCUUCAUUCUUUUGCACCAAGUGGAGGACUCAUUCACUCAGUAACGAUUUACCCAUCUGAAUUUGGAUUAAAACGCUUAGAAGAUGAAGAAGUGAACGGACCUACUGAAUUAAUUGAUAAAUGCAUCAACGACAUUGAUAAAGCAAAUGAAGAAGGCUCAAGUUACCAUAUGGAGAAAUUAAGACAAUACGAAUUAAAUAAAUUGAGGUACUAUUAUGCAGUGAUCGUGUGCGAUAGUCCAGAAACCGCAGAUAAAAUUUGGAAUAAAUCUCGUAAUUUUGAGUAUGAGUCCAGUGGCAUCAAAUAUGACCUUCGGUUUAUACCAGAUGAUAUGGACUUCGAUCAGGUUCCAACUGAGUUUUGCGAUAAACUUCCGAACUUUUCAACGUACCAACCAAGAAUUUUUACGACUACAGCUUUGCAGCAAGAAAAAGUAGAAUUAACUUGGGAUGAAACUUGUACUGAAAGAAAGGAAAUAACUCGAAAAUUAAAUUCUGGAAGACUUGACGAACUAAAUGAAAGUCAUUUAAAAACAUUGCUAGCUUGUGAAACAAGUGAAGAUGAAUGUGAUCGUGAUGAUAAUAAACAUGUAUAUGGCCUUUUCUCAGAAGUUAAAGGAAACACUAUUAAUAAGUAUAAACUUCUUUUAAAAUCUAUUAAAGAAAAGGAGAAAGCAAAAAAUCAAAAGGACAUGCAGCUUGAAUGUUCGUGGGGUCUAAGUGCUAAUGAUAGAAAUAAAGAUCUAGUGAAAGAUAAGAAGCGGAAAGUUGAAACUCAGACACCUUUCAAGCAAUAUGAUGAUAAACACAGAGAGAAACAAAAAGCUAUUCGAAACUCCAAAUUUUCAGAUAUAUUGAGAACAAAUGACCUAAUAUUAGAAAGUGUAAAUGAUAUACCUUUGGGUGUAGACAUGAAUGAUCCGUACUUUGCAGAUGAAUCAAAAAACCGUUAUUCGAAAACAAAAACAAGUCAAAAUUCUGCUAAAAAAUUAAAAACUUCAAGAGUUGCAGAAGAACAAAAUGCAGAACUUGAAUUAGUUCUGAUGGACAAAAGUGAAUAUAAUAGUAAGAAUCAUUUUGACAUAAGAAGAAUUGCAGAAAAUGAAUCUUUAACAAAGUAUAAAAAGAAACGCUCAAAAAGGCAAAAUAAAGAUGUUUGUAAGAAUCAAAAUGUCAAUUUUAAAAUAGAUGUCCAAGACCCAAGAUUUGAGGCAUUAUUUACAUCCCAUAAUUUCAACAUCGAUCCUGCUCAUCCUAAUUAUCGUAAAACAAAGGCUACUGAAUCUGUCGUUAAUGAAAAGUUAAAAAGAAGAAAUAUGGUACAUACAACCGAAUCAACGUCCAAGAAAAAUCGAAAUGAAAAACAGAUAAAUCCAGAAUUAACUGUUUUAGUAAAGUCCGUAAAACGUAAUUUGGAUAAACAGAAAAAAAGAAUUGGAUAAUUUUUGUCUUUUAAAGUCUGGUACAUAAAAGUGGACGUUUUCACCUAAACGGAAAAUUUGGUUUGUUAGAAGUUGUAAUGAAUGCAACACGUGUUGAAUAAAAUAAAUAUGUGUAUAAGGGGCAUAUUGCCUCCAAUUUAAAUUGAA